GAAGAAUUACUUAAAAAUCCAAUUAAACAUCUGAAUGAUGUGUAUGUCAAAAUUAAUGCUGAUAUCGUAAAAGAUUCUGAUAUAGAUAAUCAGGCUCAUACUUAUUUCAAAAAAAUAGAAACUGAUACUUAUGCUCAUCUUAACAUUAAUUUUGAUAUUUAUUCUAAUGAAUCACAAAUUAGUAAUAAAAGAAUCUCUUUUGCGUUGAAAAUACUCAAGAAGAAAAAUAUUGCUAUAGAAUCAAAUAGUGCAAUAAUCACAGAUUUAGGCAAAUAUAAAUUAGAUAUUGUGAUAAUUCAAAAGAAUAAUA